AUGGGGGAGGCCUCCAGGCGUCAACCCGCGGGUCAGGCCAGUUCAGCGGCGGUUUGGGGGUUGGGGGUUGGGGCAAUACCGGCGUUAGCAGCACUGACCAGGAAGCUGCAGAUCCGGAACAUUCCUCCUCAGCUGCGGUGGGAGGUUCUGGACGGACUCUUGGCUCAGUGUGGGACUGUGGAAAACUGUGAACAAGUGAACACGGACAGUGAGACCGCUGUGGUUAACGUCACGUACGCCUCGCGGGACCACGCACGACAAGCCAUCCAGAAGCUAAACGGAUACCAGUUUGAGAACAACGCUCUGCACGUGUCCUACAUCCCUGACGAGACCUGUGAGGUGGACGGACAGAGAGGCCCAGACAACGGCCGCAGACCGGGGUACGGUCCCAGAGGAGGACCUCGCAGUGGCUCUCCCUCACACGCCGCAGGGAAGCCCCAUCCUGACUUCCCCCUCAGGCUCCUGGUGCCCACGCAGUAUGUGGGGGCCAUCAUCGGCAAAGAGGGGGCCACCAUCCGCAACAUCACCAAACAGACGCAGAGCAAGAUCGACGUCCAUCGUAAAGAGAAUGCGGGGGCCGCAGAGAAGCCCAUCAGUAUCCACUCCACCCCCGAGGGCUGCUCCUCCGCCUGCUGCAUGAUCCUGGAAAUCAUGCACCAGGAGGCCAAGGACACCAAGACUGCUGAUGAGGUGCCACUGAAGAUUUUGGCUCAUAACAACUUUGUGGGACGGCUCAUCGGAAAAGAGGGACGGAACCUGAAGAAGGUGGAACAGGACACAGACACGAAGAUCACCAUCUCCUCCUUACAAGACUUAACUGUGUACAACCCAGAGAGGACCAUCACCGUCACCGGGAGUCAGGCCAACAUCUGCAGAGCUGAGGAGGAGAUCUCCAAGAAGCUCCGGGAGGCCUAUGAGAACGACGUGGCUGCUAUGAACCAACAGACCCACCUGAUCCCUGGCCUGAACCUUGGCGCUCUGGGCCUGUUCCCUUCCUCCUGUGGCCUUCCUCCUCCUCCUCCAGGAAACUCCUGUGGAGGCGGCUCUCUCUAUGGCUACGGGGCUCCAGAGCAGGAGACCGUGUUCGUGUUCAUCCCGGCUCAGGCCGUUGGAGCCAUCAUUGGAAAGAAAGGACAACACAUCAAAGAGCUGAGCCGUUUCGCUGGAGCCUCCAUCAAGAUUGCUCCGGCCGAGACCUCGGACUCUAAAGUCAGACAGGUCAUAGUGACCGGGCCCCCUGAGGCCCAGUUCAAGGCUCAGGGCCGGAUCUACGGAAAACUCAAAGAGGAAAACUUCUUUGGUCCUAAAGAAGAGGUCAAACUGGAGACUCACAUCAAGAUGGCGGCCACAGCUGCAGGCAGAGUCAUUGGAAAGGGCGGCAAGACGGUGAACGAGCUGCAGAACCUGACGGCAGCGGAGGUGGUGGUCCCCAGAGAACAGACCCCCGACGAGAACGACCAGGUCAUCGUCAAGAUCAACGGACACUUCUUUGCCAGUCAGUUGGCUCAGAGGAAGAUCCGUGAGAUCCUGACCCAGGUGAAACACUCACACAAAGGCAACAUGAGCCCCGGCCCUCAGCCUCAGGGCUUCAGUGAGAUGGGGGGCCCUCCCCCAGCGCUGGCUCAGGACCAGCCGCGCAGGAAGUGA